UCUCUCCUUCCCGGUUUUUGCACAGUCGUCGGUGUCCACUCAAUGUAAACAGAGAGUAUGGCCGAAGAAGAAGGCGGGGAGGAGCAGAAUAUCAACAACAUGGGCAAUCAGCUACAGCUUUUACCGGAAAAUGAUGAGGAUGAUGAUGAUGAGAUGGAGUCUGAAGAAAAUGAUGCAGAAGACACUGAAAAACCAAACAUAAUUAACUUUGACACCAGUCUGCCAACAUCACAUGUAUAUCUGGGUUCUGACAUGGAAGAAUUUCAUGGCCGAACAGUGCAUGAUGAUGACAGCUGCCAGUUGAUCCCCGUGCUGCCUCACUCCUCUCUGAUGCUGAUUCCUGGGCAGACGCUCCCAUUGCAGUUGUUUCGACCACAGGAAGUCAGUAUGAUGAGAAAUCUGAUCCAGCAUGACCGGACCUUUGCUGUUCUUGCUAACAGUGACAUGAAUGACAUGCAGGCAGAAUUUGGCACAACUGCAGAGAUAUACGCUUUUCGAGAAGAACAAGAAUUUGGUAUUGAAACCGUAAAAGUAAAAGCAAUUGGAAGACAACGAUUUAAGGUCCACGAAUUAAGAUCGCAGAGUGAUGGAAUUAGACUGGCCAAGGUGCAGAUACUUCCCGAAAGAAUCCUUCCUUCAUCACUGUACUUCGUCCAUCCCAGAUCGAUAUAUGGACUCCAGCUGAAUACGGCCACUCGACCUCCAGCAAAGCAGCACCGACAAGCUCAGCACUGGUGGCAGAAGUACCAGAAGAGGAAGUUUAACAGUGCAAGUUUUACAUCAUGGCCUGCUUGGGUCUAUGCUCUGUAUGACUCUGAAAUAUUAAUGGACAGAGUAAAGAGACAGUUGCACGAAUGGGAUGAAAAUCUAAAAGAUGAUUCUCUCCCCUCAAAUGCAAUAGACUUUUCGUACAGAGUUGCAGCAUGUCUGCCAAUUGAUGAUGCAUUAAGAAUACAGCUUUUGAAAAUAGGCAGUGCUAUCCAGAGAUUGCGUUGUGAGCUGGACAUAAUGGAUCGAUGUACUUUGCUUUGCUGUAAACAAUGCCAAGACACAGAAAUAACAUCAAAAAAUGAAAUCUUCAGUUUGUCUCUCUGUGGACCCAUGGCUGCAUAUGUCAAUCCACAUGGUUAUGUGCACGAGACACUGACAGUGUACAAGACUUGCAAUCUCAACCUGAUAGGCCGCCCUUCUACCCAACACAGUUGGUUUCCUGGAUAUGCCUGGACAAUAGCUCAGUGCAGAAACUGCGGGUCACAUAUGGGCUGGAAAUUUACUGCAACUAAAAAAGAAAUGUCCCCACAGAAGUUUUGGGGAUUAACACGUUCUGCACUUCUUCCUCAGAUCCCUAAGACAGAAGAUGAUGAAGGGGAGCAAAACACCAGGCUUCUUUGUCUGUAAACAUGUUUGCGAAAAAAAAGUGAACAAAGUGUUUGUUAAAAUAAUUUAGUUUCUUUAUCUGAAUCUACUUGGAACACUAAGGUACUGUUCUGUGACUUGGCUUCAGCUCGAGGUUAGGUUUAUUGUUGUUCUGUUUGAGCUAGUAACACACACACACACUUUCUUUAGUAAAUCAGUGCCAAGGUCCUAUGUAAAGCAGCAUGCUUUGAUAAACAGGUAAGAAGCCCUCAAAGAGAGGGAACUGCAUAAUGAAAAACCCCUACUCAGUGCAUAAUUCCUCCCAGGUAUUUGUGUUUCCUCAGUAUUGUGCGUUUUUGUAUAUAUGUAUAAUGAUGCUGAACUUUGCAGCUAUUUGUUAAUACAGUAGCUUUGGAUGCCCCACUGAAGUACUGCACAAUUGCAACCGCGUACCUUUAAAUGGAAAUCUUGAGAAAAGUCGGCAAGGCAAUUUUUGUAUUUUGCUUUACAAGCAUUUUAAGAAGAGCGUCUCUGUGACUUGUACAUUUCAACCAGAUGCAACUUGAUAUGUAAAGUGAAUCUGAACCUCUGAUAAACUAUUAAAGUGCUUAAGGAAAGUGAUCUAGUAUUAUGAAAAAGGCUGUGAUAAGAGCAGUUAAAACUAUCACACCUUUCUUUAAUGUUGCUGUAGUUCUAUUGAAUGGAACUAUUUAUAAUUUUAAAAAUUGGUGUAUACACUUCUUUUGCAUUUUUUAUUUUGUGGAUUUUGUUUAUAGUUCAAUGAAAGUUUUAUUAUUAUUAUUAUUAUCUUUUUGAUUGUUCAAAAUAGGUUCUGGAGCUGCUGUUUAGACAUUAAAGUGAGACUUAGUAACUACUUCACCCUGACUCUCAUUUCUCUGCACUUACAGAUUCAUUUCUUCCCCAGUAGACUUUUGAUAACAUUUAUAAUAAUUCAAAAUGUACAGCCUAGCAAACCUUAUGUCAUAUUUCCUUUCAUGUGUCUAAUACCUCUGUAACAGCAAAUGCUCUUUGUUUCUUUCAGUAAAGAUUGUUGUGAAUCUCUUUGGCAUAUCUGCUUGCUUUUUUAAUACCUGUUGGAUUGAAAUCUGCUAUAGUUUGAUCCAGAGCAAAUACUACCAAAUCUGAAAAGUUGUGUUUACUGUACUCUGCAGUGCCUUGGAAAAGUAUGCAAGUCCAUUAAAAGGUUUUCAAAUUUUGCUUGAUUACAUGUGGUAUUUAGUCGUAUCCUUCCAGUCUCAAACUUCAGUGCUCAAGAAGAGAAAUUUUAAAGGCAAAAAAUUAGAUCUUUGUCCGCACAUAUCUUGGAUAUCAAACACAGGUAUCUUCCUUAAGAAUUCAGACCCUAGACGUUAAUACUCGGCUACCGGUUAAAUGUGAGUAGUUUCAAGUCAUUUUGUUACAUUUGUUCCAGCUUAUUUAAGUUCCUAGGACAUCACUUGUGGAACACCAUUUUCAGUUUGACAUUUUACUUAAGGUCAUUGACUUGCUUGAAAGGUGACUCAUCUCCUAAGAUAUACUAGAACAUGCUUUCUUACAGUAUUAUCCAAUAAUGUACUCCAUUUCGUUUUUUUAUUUUUAAAAUCUCAGUUAUUUUCUACUGAUGAGCAUCCUUGAAGCAGAAUGCAUUCUGUUUAUAUCCAUACUUCACUCUGUGGAUGACUUUCUCUAGAGAAUGGGUACUUUGAAUUUUUGGCUAAAAAGCUCAAACUUGAUCUCAUCAGACCACAAGACUGUACCCAAAAUGUAAGUGGUUCUCUAUUAUGCAUUACACAUAAUGAUUUUGCCAGGUGAUGAUGAGAGAGUAACUCUUUUUUUUUCUUUACAAUCUCCCAUACAGACAGUUGUUAUAGUUGACCAAUGCACGUUUAUUCAAUUGUCAGCCCCUGAUGAUUUGAAAUUUUCAAAGAUGAUUGUUAGUCUUUUAGUGACAUCCCUCAUAAGUCUCAUUUUUGUUUGCAUAUUGAGCUCUGACUUACCCUUUAUAUAUAUUAGAAGAAGUACCUGGGUGGAGUGAUGCUGAAUCCAUAUCUUUGUUAUUAAGCCAGUGGUGGUCAGAGGGGAGACUGACCUUCAUGUUGUUUUCCACUUUGUUCCAGCCUUUUCAUUUUUAUCACAUUUGUUCAGUCUUCCUCAGAUUGUUACUCUAGUCUUCAUUGUCCUCCCUUAAUAUUUACUGUGUGACCAAUAGUUCUUGAGACAUCCCGAGUUUAUUUUGGCAGAGGCCAAUAAGAAUGCAGUUACUCUCUUUUGAAUACAGAGAGUGACCAAUAGUACAUGAACGUUGGAGCUAAAGCUUAGGCAAGCGUCAAUUUUUAAAAAUUAUAUUUUGUAUAUGUUACUUACUCUGUCUGGUUUGUACUGAUGGCCAAAACCAUUUUUUUAAUCUCAUGUUUUCAUGGAGAACGGAGAUAAGGACAUUUUUGACAAAAUGAGUCGCAUGGUGACGAACCAUGAUAAAAAAUAUUAAAAGCAUCUAUGAAAGAAACCUUUUGUUAUUUGUGACACAAAAUUCACAUCUCAAUUCAUCCAGUCAUAUGCUCACAGCAUGCGAAAGAAACUUUUUGCUAAAAUAAUGGUACAUAAGUAUUUCUAGAAAAUGAAAGUAGUCCACAAAAAUUAAUUUUUGGUGUAAUUCUUUAAACUUGAAUAUUUUAGCAAAAAAACGCAUUUGCUUUGCAUGUUGUGAGCAUACAACUGGAUGCCUUAACAUAUGGAUUAUGCGACACAACUAACAAGAUUUUUUUUCAUGGACAUUUUUGACAUUAGUUGCUGUUUUCUAGUGUUAGUCGUCGUAAGCUCCUGUUCUAUCAAAAAUGUUACUAUAUCCAUUCUCCAUGAAAACAUGAGAUUACGUUUUUUUUUCCUUUGGUCAUCAUUACAAACCGUAUGGUGUAGUUAACAUAUGAAUAAAUAUAAUUUUUGGGUGCAGUAUUCCUUUAAUGUUUAAAGUAUUUGCCAGCAAUUAAAUAAUUUUGCCUUUAAACUGUUUUCAUUUUGAGCAUGCAGUUACUGAUUAAAAUAAAGAUGUGUAGCUAUCAUUUUUACGUCGGCAAAAUGUUUAAGCUUUUAAAGGGUUUAAAUACUUUCACAAGGUAUCAUAUAACCCUAUUUGUAUGUGUGUUGAGCAAGCCCAAUAUCUUUAUGUACUUACUGCUGCGUAUAUGCUGGGUCUCUUGAGUCUUCUGGAUAAGUUCAAAAUGGGUGCCUGAUCUGGUCAAAAAAUUUAAACUUGACCGGACUUCUGGUAGUGUUUGAUCUAAAUCAGAAUUAAUAGUGAAAAUGUGCCUUAAAGCUCAAGUUCAUAAUUCAUUUAUUUGCUAGCAGUUUGACUUGGAACCUUUUCCCUUUCCUCCUUCACAUUAAAUCGUAAACCUUAGGAAUAGUUUGCAUCUAAUAAAAAUAAACAGUGUUGUGCAGUCCAUUUCUAUUAAGUUGUUGUGGGGAAUGGGGUGGUCCGCUGGUCUAGUUUAGGUUCCAGGCAUUAGUGCACAGUUGAGGGCAGGUAGCAUGGCGUGAUUGAGGUAUGUUAAUAUAUAUCACACAACAGUGGUGACAGGUUAUAUUACUUUGUAUAAAAUAAUUGUCUUAUUUUUAAGUUUUUUUGUUUUUUUUCUAAAUUAAGGAUGUAUUUUAUUACAUAAAUUCAUGACUAUUUUUCUGCUUAUGUGAAGCCUAAAUAAUGUUUAUUUUCUAGAUCUCUGCUCACCCACAGCGCAUAUCAGGUAUUGUUUAUGGUCAUUGGUUUUAAAUAAAGUUUGAGAUUUGUAAACUUAAGUCAGCAAUAAACAGAUAAUUUAUGAAAAUUUAA